AUGGACGUCGACUCUCCGUCUGGGGCCGCGGAUACCGAUCCGGAGCCCGUCGAGGCCACCGAUGACAGCUGCCCCGAACAAGCCACCGAGCAAAGCCCCUCGUCCGAUGGGGAGUCUUCUCCCUCGUCGUCCCCGCCGCCGCCGCCGCCGCCACAGCUGCCUGCCAUCACGGGACCCCGGCCUGCGCCCGCAUACUCGGUCGUGAGUGCCAUCAUCGAGAAGAAGGAGGACGGGGCUGGGUCAAGAUGUGGGCACACACUGACCGCUAUUGCGGCCGUGGGCGAGGAGGGCAGCGCAGGCUAUAUCGGUCCGCGUCUUAUUCUAUUUGGAGGUGCCACUGCCCUCGAGGGCAAUUCCGCCGCCCCGCCGUCUUCAGCUGGGAGUGCUGGCAUCCGUACGUUCCUCUUCUGUUCAAAUCGUGUUCUUCUUCUUCUUUCAACUGAUGGACUACCAUUUUCCGGCCUUCGAAUGGCCAAAACAAUGCUGGCCACCAUUGCGCUAAUUUUAAACAUUCCGUUUGUUGGCCCAUUAUUGUCGAAACUGGACAAGGUAAAAGUUUUUAACUUUCAAAUGAAGUAUGGAUGCGGCUGGGCAGUAGGGUGAUCCGACGAGGAAUAUAUCACCAGAGCAAUCUAAAAUCCUUGCUCUCUAAAUCAUUCUCGCUUGAAUAGUAGUUGUUUCUGGCGCUGUCUUUGAGGUGUCAACUUAUCUGAAAUUGCAGGUCUUGCUGGCGCAACUGCUGAUGUACACUGCUACGAUGUCCUAUCAAAUAAGUGGUCAAGGUAAGGACCUGAACAUGGUUGUUCUCUCCUGGCAAGGGCUGCGUGAUGAGAGCCUGCAUUUUUGCCACAGUAAAAAAUAUUAAUUUAUCUUUCACCAAGCUUCAUAAGAUGACAUGAAUUGCGAACAUUUCUGCCAUGUUUUUCACCUUGCUGGGGGAUCACUUUCUUCUGGACUUUUGUUGUGGUUCUCGGUAAUCAAUCUUAUUCUUUUCGUGCUCAGGCUCACUCCUCUUGGAGAGCCUCCCUCACCCAGGGCAGCACAUGUUGCGACCGCAGUGGGCACAAUGGUGGUAAUUCAGGUACUUGGGAGGCUCAUGGACUUCACUAUGUACCCUCAUUCUGCUGGUGCAUGUUUCUUCUUUCCACCCAGAUAACUUUUAUCAAUAGAUAUCAUUCAUUUGUUUCAGGGUGGAAUUGGUCCUGCCGGUCUGUCUGCAGAGGAUCUUCAUGUUCUUGAUCUAACACAACAACGUCCGCGGUGGCAUAGGUUAAAGCUUCAUCUAGCCUCCAAUUUUACUUUUGUUACUUCUUGUGAUGUAUAUAUUUCCAAUGGUACUAUCAACAUAUCUGCAGAGUUGUUGUCCAGGGACCAGGCCCUGGUCCUCGCUAUGGACAUGUGAUGGCGUUAGUCGGCCAAAGGUUUUUGUUGGUAAUAGGAGGGAAUGAUGGUAAGCUUUGUUCUUUCCUCCAAGAUAACAGUGCCCUCCCAACCCAUCCCCCAUAAAUCCCCUGAAAUUUUUUUUCCGAAUGAUUUAGAACCACUUGAUUUCUAGGCGUUAAUUUUUCACUUAACAUGUCCCAUUGCUUUUCUUCUCCAGGGAAGCGACCUCUGGCUGAUGUUUGGGCGUUGGACACUGCUGCAAAGCCCUAUGAGUGGAGGAAGUUAGAACCAGAGGGUGAAGGGCCACCACCUUGCAUGUGAGUGCAGCUGGCCGUAAUUAAUUUUGGUUCUGUUGUGUGCUUAACCGAACUCAUGCACCAUUUAUCUUAAUUUUUACAUUUGAAUGUUGAUGAUCGUUUUUUGCAUGAUUUGGCAUCAUAAUUUUUUUAACCUUUUAGAUUAGUUUUUAAUUCUUCUUUUUUGUUCAAUACAGACUUAACUCAAUUAGCUUAUUAUAGAAUUUAGAAUUCAUAUUUUGCGACUGAAGAAUUCACUUAAAAGAUGACUAGUGAGAGGAGAUAAGAUUAAUGAAUUGCCACCCUCCCUAUCUGAAUUGCUGAAAGUAGAAAAAGAUUCGAUGCUGGUAAAACACGUACUGUCCAAGUAACACUAAAAGCAGGCCAUGCAUCUAGGUGCCAACUGUUAAAGGUUAAUUUGCACAUUUGUGAUUGCAAAUGUCUGAAUGUGAAUAUUGAGUGUAGCAUAUCUGCUUGUAUUUGUAUAGAUUUAGAUAUAAUUGGAGUGAGGAGGUUUUAGCCAAAAAUUAAAAAUUUGAGUUUUAACAUGGAAAAGUCAAGGUAUGCUUUUGGUAUGACUAAUCACACAACUCUAGUGACAUAUUUGCUAUGAAACCUUUACCAGAUUCCUAUGUAUGUAAUUGUCUCUCCUGCAGUUCCAAAUAGGUGGAAUCAUUCGUGGCUGUUGUAUCUACUUGAAUACCAAUGUUUAAUUCUAGAUAAACUGUCAAGUGGGAAUUGAAAACUGUAUGAAUUUAAGUUUUUCAUAUAGAUGAGUCCCUUUGCUAUUCUUGCACUUUAAAGUGCUGCUAGAUAGAGUGUGAACUUAUAAUACUCUUUAUAUGAGUUAAUUAAAAUUUAUAAUGGAUGGGAACAUCAGAUGAAUCUCUCUUGCUCGAUAUCUUUCCUCAGGUAUGAAUUGAUUUUUUUUUGCCAAAUUUUCAUCAUGUACAAAGGGGAGAUGCCUAGUUAGGAAAAUAGAUGGAUACAUAGGAUGGAAGUAGAGAAAGUCAAGCACGGAACGAGCCUUGUCUAUGUAGGUUCAAUCCUGUCUCGUCUUGCUUCUGGCGAAGCUUAACGUCUGUAGGCAUUCUGGUAUGGUAAGAAGACUCCUUUUCUUUUAAGGUCGACCACUACAUGAGAGCGAUAGCGAAGCCAAGCCAUCAAAAUUGUAGUGAUACAAUCAUAUAUAGUCUUGACCUUUUAAGGAGUGGAAAGCUCUUAUUGAAAGUUAUUUGCAUUCUGUCACAUGGUUGCACAUUUUGUUGGUUUGUUUUUUCCAGUACUUAACUUUGAUUUGGAGUUUAUUUCUUACGAUUUUCUGUUGCUAAAAGCUGAGUAAGUCACAAGUGCUCUGCCGAUCUUGGGGCUUUGGGAAAAAAAUUAGUUGCGAAUUAGAUGCCAUAAAAUCGAAACUCAUAUGAUUAUGCUCAUGUGUGUUUUAAACCGCUAAUUGUGGGUCAAUCCUUUGCAUUUUGUAUUUGAUUCAGUUUUUAGUACUGUUAACCUUCAGACUCAGUGGAUGUGAAGGAUCAUGGUUCCCAGAGUUAAACUCUUUUGCUGAGGGAUUACUUGAUUUCAGUCAGAAUUACUACUCCAAGUUCAAGAUCAUUGAGUUUCAUGGAAGGGAGUUGACAUUCACCCUGAAGUUAAAAAAAUGGGUUGUCACUGCUGGGUGAGUAUUAGGGGGUUAAUCAACUUUGAAUUCUAAUAGAUUUGUGGUUGGCUUGGAGUGGCCCUAAAAGCCAACAUUUUGAGUCCUGUAUGCUUGGUUUCGGUAGCGUUUGAGAAGUCCAGCAGUUAUUUUAAUUAUUGAAUUGUUUAGGACAGGGAAUCCAGUACUAUCCACGUUAGAGUGAGAUAUAAUAUUUUUAAUAUGGAAGAUCAAUUCUUCAAUCUUGAGUGUUGGGGUGUGACGGAAAGAGAUUUACAUCUUGUUACUGGCUAAAGAGAUAUUUUACAAAAGGGAUGCUGGUAACUUAUUGAAAAUGUACGUACCUGGUACUUUCCAUUCUUUAUGAUAUUUUGCUGAUAAGUGGUACUGGCCAUUUUCCAGGAAAAAGGGUGUUGAGUAGUUGGGAGUUGGUGGUAGGAUACUUUAAAGGGAUGGGGUGAUUGAAAACAGUUCUCUAUUUAAUUAAGUGUUUGUAGAGGUGGCGCAAUACCAAACUUAAUGAAAACAAAGCAAAUUUUGUAUUAAAAGUUUACAAGUAGAGCACAAGAAAGUGGAAAAAAGAACAUGUCCUAAGUGUAAAUAUUCAGGUGACUUAAGCUAGUAUUUGAUUACUUUCUCUACAUGAUAUUAAUGAAAAUUUAAAGUUCACUUAUAUCAAUUACGAAAUAUCUACAUUUCUCUCGCUAAAAAAAUGAAAAUUUAUACAUUUAAACUUUUGAAAAAUUCUCAUUUACGAUAUAUUAUCAAAAGCUUCGGGUCUAUCAUUAAUUUAGUAAUUGCCACAGCUAAUUUAGAUAUGUAGCUACAGAUUCAUGAGCAUCAUGGUUAGUUGAUAAGAUCUUUGAUGCAUUACUAGUUUUUGAAGUAGGUCACAUUAUGCCAUUGACUUUAAAAAUCAGGCAGAACAUAGUGCCAUUCAAGUUAUUGCUUUUGAUGUCAUUGCCAAAAACAUAGUCCCGGAAUGUGUAAGUUGUGUGAUCAAUAUAAAUGCUAGUUCCAUUGAAUAAGUCUUCCAACAUGAUAAUUUAUGGUGGCCGACUAGGCUUCCAAGCAACCAAGGCAAGCAGCUUUCGGCCUGCUCUUUGAGGGGCCUGAUCUCCUCUCCCAUGUACAAUGCCGUGUUACUACGGCGACCCUUCAAAGUUAUGUUCCGAAACAUGUGUAAUCUGCUAUUUUAGCAAGCACUAUGAAGAUGGUUGAUAAUAAUGGAGUGGUCCCUACCACUGGAAAUAAACGAGAUAUCAUUUCUCUGUAACAGAUAUUAAAUCUUUGCUUUUCUUUGCUUCAAUUAUUGAUAAGGUUUUCACUGUUGAAUGACUCUGUUGAAGCUCUGCCUGUGUGCCAAACUUUAGGGAAGACCAAGAAGAUAUCUUGAUGUUCGUUCCUCAAUCUGCGAUUUUAAUAUCCAACCAGAUGAAUUAAUGACACAGUGGCAAGAAGUAUCUUCAUGCCACGGUCAUGUUUAGAAACCUUGGUGCUGCUUGACUACCCGACCAUGAAUGGCGAUUUCAUGCCAUCCCUGUCCCAAAAACUUAACCCAUUGGCCAUUAGGUUUGAAACUGAGUCUAAGUGCCAGAUUUACAAGAAAUUCCUUAAAUGUCAUGGGGCUUCUGUCUAUGUUUCAGCUGAACUUCAUCAAGAAAAACCAGAUUUCUUUUGGAAUGGGUUUUCACCAUUUUUGUUGCCAAUCUGUGCCAUGCUAAAUUGCAUUCUGGUUUGAAAAAUUUGAUUAAGCUCUAGUCCAAUUCAAGCUUUGUUUAAAUCUAAUCCCAGAGUGCUCAGUCUAGUCUACGAUCAGCCAAAGUUGUAACCCUAAUGCAUUGCGUAUGUAUUCAUUUUAGUAUAACAAAAACGGGAAAUUAACCUUUUUUAGAUCAAGAAUGAAUAUUUUCUUUUAGGUUUUGCUCCUAUGGCUCUAUGACGAAGGAUUGUGUGUUAGAUGAUUUUGAAUCUUUUGUGAAGACAGAUGUAGGAGAAACAACUUCUAUAUCAAUUUGUUUAAAGUUCAUAACUUUUCAAUGCUUUCAUAUUUUGUAAGAGACCCAAAUGUGGAUAUUUUUUGCAAAAUAUCAACCUUUAGAUUUCAGUAAUGUCUUCCACAUAUACCUUAGCCAUCCCAUGACAACAACUGUUAUUUCAUUAGCAUCACUUUAUGCUGUUUUGAACACUCGUCGUUUUGACAAUUCGAUUUGAGUGUUUAGUCACCAGUAGGAUGGCACAUUUAUUUUUGUAAUGACUGAAAUGUGGCAUGAAUCAUCUGAUUUGAUAAGCAUUACUUGUUUACAUUUAAUAAAAUUAUAAUUUUAGCCUCUUAGAGAGAUGACAUGAAGCUUGAAGAGUCAGUAUAAGUGCCAUCGAAGUUCCUAUUUACUGUAAUUGUUGCUAUUUUUGGUUAUGUUUAAUAUGGCUAUAGUUUCUCUCAACGUCUAAAUUUUCUAAUAAAUGACUGGUUCCUCAAAUUCUCAAAUUGAAUGCUAUUAAGGACAGAAAUUGAAUGCUGCCUUUCUUUUUAGAUAUUUCCUUGUGCUUUUCUUUAAUUUACUCAUUAGUUUACUCAGCCCGCUUCAGAGGGGAAGCAAAGAUUCUCAUACCAUUCAGAAGUAAAGGAUUUGCAUGGCAGAAAAACUGACCACCAAUAUUUUCCACAUUGUUUUUACUUAAGUGCUAACUAAGGCAUAUACUGUCCAUUGUACAGUUUCUGUCCUUAAUAGGUUUUGCUAAAUAUUUUCCAGCAAGAGAUUUAUGUAAUUCGGGAAUGCAUUCCCUUCCAAGCUUUCUCGUGUGGCGACUAACAGAAAUUGAAUUGGGUUUUUAGCAAUUGUGUUUGGAGUUCACAAUUUAAAGAGAAAUAUUCAUUUUUAUUUCUUGGUUCCAUGUUUCAGCUUGUCCUUAUAAAAUUCUUUUUGCUCUAACUUUCUCAUUCCCAAACUUUUGAGUAGGUAUGCAACUGCAAGUGCUCGUUCUGACGGUCUUCUUCUGCUGUGUGGAGGGAGGGAUGCAAACAGUGUGGUGAGUUGUGACUGAUGGAGGAUUACGAUGCAAUAUGAUCAUUCCCGUUUUAUUUGAUCAUAUUGUAUUUUAUGCAUGUAUUAUUGAUUUCUCUUCGAAAGAGCUGCUGUCCACAGUUCAUUUUUGUACUCCAUGGGCUUAACCUCAAUUCAAAACGUAUAUACAUCAUAGUGACAUCAUCUGAUGGUGACUGUCUAGAAUAGGUGGAAAAUCCUUGGUAUGUUGGUGCUUCUGAGAUGCUUGUUUGAUGUUCAAUAAAUAAUGAAGGAUGAGGGGUCUUUAUUGUUAACUUGACAUGGAAGAAUGUAUGGAUGUGGUCAAAUAAGUUAUUCUGGUGUCUAUUGCUGCAUAAUAUUUUUGGCUCUCAGAGCAUAAAAAAUAUGAGCAUUGAGGGUUUGUGUUUUGAGCGACCUGCCUCUGCAGGGAGAUCUGUUGCUGUUAGCUGGGUGACAAUUUAUUAUAUAGCGGAAACUGUUUCUCCGGAUUCAUUUGAAUCAAGGUCUUGUGCUGGCCAACCUUGUUUUAUUUGGGAACUUGUCAGACACAUCUGUUUCCAAUAAUGUCUCCCCUUUUAUGUGAAACUAUAAAGAGAAAACUAAAGAACAAAUAUUAUAAUAAUACACACUGGAAGAACGUUUAAAUAUAUGGAUGAACAAAUAUUUAUUUUGACAUGCAUUGUUUUCGAUUAUUUGAUGUUUUAUGAUUAUCAGAAUAUGAGCAUGAAAGGGUUGUCUUGGGUAUGAGUUCCCAUUUAAGUAGGGGAUGUGUUGAUAUUAGCAGUCAGAUGCUUCUUUUGUUUCUCAUGUUGUUUUGUUCUUGGAUCAUUGUUAAUGUAGGAUUUGCUAGGUUUUGGGCUUUGUUUGAAUGGCGGGAUCAUCAGUCCCAUUUCUUUUAUUUUCGGAAAAUAGUUUUUGAAAAACGAGCUGACUACUGAUUCCAACCUUGGCCAAACCAAAACGGAAUUUAUGUUCGGUCUAGUGUAGGUUACAAUGUUUUUUUACUUUGAGGUUUUUUUGGAUCUUUGGGCUGAGGGGGUCAGGGUUCUCGUUGGAUGCACUGUGGAGGUCGAGGAGAAAAGUGGGAAGGUCUGCUGUUGUUGGGAAGACAGUUGGGGUAGGGGGAGGGGGAGAUGGCAGUGUUUAAGGAUGGUGCCUUCUGGGUUUCUAGGGCAGUUCUUUAUAAACCCUAGCCUGUGCCAUCUAAGAAUCAUCCAAAACCUUGCUUGGAUUUAUUCUUAACUUCUUAAUGCUGUUUUGCUUUUCCAUUAUGUAGUACCUCCAAUUUUCAAGGUUCAUUGACGCAACAUUCGAUUAAGACUUGGAAUGUCAAAAUCUUCACAGAUCGUAGUCUUGGUUUUAUGGCCGUGACUUCGGCCAUUUCGCUUCCGAUUACAGAUGUCCAUGAAUUCCUUCUAAAACAGAAUUAUCCCCCUUGGAAAAAGCCUUAUCCACAGACGAGUUGGGCCAUUGAUGCUGUGCACCUGCUGAAAAUGGAGUUGUUUCAGACGAGUUGGUCUUGCUGCCCUGGUAUGACAGACCACAUUUGUACUCUACGAACUGUUUGAUCAAACUAGAUGAUGAACUCUCCUGGAGAAAAAAUGGCUUCUUUUUUUAGUCGACACCUUGGACAAAACUGUGCUUGAUGUAUACAUGCAUGUGUUCAUUUAUGUGUAUUUCGUAAUGUUUAUGGUAUUUACUAAAUCUUAUCGUGGUAUAACACAAAAGCAUAUUUCUUGCUUCGAAUUAGCAAAUCUUAGGGCUUGAAGCAUACUUAUAUUUUCCAAAAUAAGAAUAAUUUUCUAGAUUUUUACUAUUCAGUGCUGUGUGCUCUGUACUAAGUGGAUUUUAUUUCUGUUAGCCACUUGCAAGUGCGUAUGGUCUUGCGAAACAUAGGGACGGUCGCUGGGAAUGGGCUAUAGCCCCUGGAGUCUCACCAUCUCCCAGAUAUCAACAUGCUGCUGUGAGUGCAAUCUUCUGUUUUUUCUGUACAACCCACCCUCCAUAUGUUUGUAAACGGACAUUGAAAUCUCACUCACUAUAUUACUUUUCUAGGUUUUCGUCAAUGCAAGGCUUCAUGUCUCUGGUGGGGCACUUGGCGGUGGUCGCAUGGUCGAAGAUUCCUCAAGUGUUGCAGGUAGUUUUUCUGAAAUUUCAUGAAGCAGCACGUAUAACUUCGGGACAUUAUUUUCUUUGAUGGAUAUGUACAUUAUUAUUGCCAUUUUAAUCUUUAAAAUUUUAGCUCUGUUAGAAAGGGUAUAGUUUUCUAAAUUUUUCCUUUGGAAAGAGAAACAGCCUGAUAGUAAACGUUACCAUUAAAGGGAAAAGGUCGUUCUGUGAAGGCAACCUGCAAAUAACACAUGCAUUGCUUAUUUAAAAGCCCGAUCCAAGGCCAUCGAAAGUGGACUAAGUUUAUCCGAUGGGCAUCUCUACCUGAUUUUAAUUUAAAAUUGGUUUUUUGCUCAUAAACUGAGUGUUUGGGCUAGAAUUGAGCUUGUUCAGAUGUUGUUUAGAAAGGGCAUCACCUUGUCUUCUAGAUUUACAUCAAGUUCUCGGAUUGGGAUCUCUGCCUGUUUAUUGUAGCGAGUAUGAUAUAAAGAGGAAAAUUUGGCUGCUUUUGUAUCCAAUGAGCUCACUGGCUUUGUUGAUUUUAAGUUCACGUGACUCAUUAGUAGUUAUCACCGAUAUGGACUGUUGAACUUGUAUCUAUAUAUUGGAAAUUGGAUCUUUGUUAUUCUCCAAGUCACCUUCAGUCUGAAGAAUGUAUGUAAAGGGCAGUCCCACCAUAUCUCAAAUGUAACACAUAAUGUAAGAUUAUUUUUAAAUUUCUGAAGAAAAAAUAAAAUGAGGUUCCUUAUUGAAUUACCCGGUAUGAACCAAUUUCUAUUGUUGUUUUCUUAUGAUAUUGCCUUUUACAUCAUCAUAUUAGUACUGGACACUGCUGCUGGAGUUUGGUGCGAUACCAAGUCGGUUGUAACAAGCCCCAGAACGGGGAGAUACAGUGCUGACGCUUCUGAUGGGGAUGCGUCCGUGGAGUUAACCCGACGUUGUCGACAUGCUGCUGCUGCUGUUGGUGAUUUGAUCUUCAUCUAUGGAGGACUGCGGGGUGGUAAUGCCUGAAACCUAUUUAGAUAAAUUAACUUUCUGUUCAGUACUUAUUCAUAUCUUUAUUUUACUGUAUUAUUUUUUCUAUGCCAGAGCAAUUGUAAUGAAUUGAAAUGCCAUCUUACAUAUUAUGGAUCAGUGCAUUGCUUUUUCAAACUUCUGAAUAUUAUUGUUUCAUUUGUUUCACAUUUUUCCUCUCAAAAAAAAACAUUUUUCGGUUAUGGAUGUUUUGCGAAAAUCAACUCCAUAAUUUUUUUGUUCUUUAUCGUAGGCAUGGCAGUUCAGAAUAACGCUAUUACUUCGUCAUUUUUUUCAUUGAGUAAUCUUAAAUGUUUUUUGACUAUGACUUCUGAUCAACUUAUCUGAAUUGAAAUAAUGAGCAGUACAUUAUAAUGUGUCUUCGUUAUGAUGCUAUUAUGCAGGGGCAGUGCUCAUUUUUUUCACUCAAAAGACCUUUUCUUUAAAUUUUUUGUUCGUUAUCUCUUUGUUGAUGAACUCUGUCUGCCUGUGCAGCAUUGAUGCAUCUCAUGUCGUUCACAUGAAUCAAAAUGAUGCACUCUGUUCGAUUGGUCUGGCUGCAUAUUUUAAGAUUUUUAAUAUAACCUAUUAUUGGAAAAUGAAUUUUAUCUGGAAAGCUGUGCAUUUGGAGACUAACUGUCCAUGCCAUAGUGAAUUUUUUAUGGCUUGGCUUGGGUCUUCUACUUUCCAAGUCUGGAUAUGAUACUGGUUAGUCCAACAUUGGCUUGAAGACACGUAAUUGUAGGAACCCAAAUUGUAUAUUGAGUAUUCCAUUGUUUAUUAUAGCUUGUAGACCAUUGUAAGGACCAGCAGCAUUUGUGCAGAAAGAAAUAUUCUUUGAGUUGGACUUCAAAGCCCCAUGGUUUUUUGUAACCGGUCGGAUGGUGAUGGCAAUAAAUAAAAACCGAAAAUGGGAAGUGGUGGUAUGGUUUCGAUGGUUUUGCCCACUUCCGGUUGGUGUAAAGACAUGAACCUAAUUGUUCAAUACUGGCUGCUUCUGCUAGACACAGAUGUAUAUGAUGAAAACUUCGAUUGUUUCUUUUGAAUCCUGUCAAAACACAUUAUUCGAUUCAUUAAGUCUCUGGAAAGGAUUAAUAUUCUUCUAUUAGACUAAGUAAAUAUUAAAUCGGUUGUCAUGCACACGCUCAAAAUAAUUAAAAAUGAGGACACACGACAUACAUGGAUGGGAAAACAUCAACAAUAUGAAUAUACAUAAUUCUCUUUCUUGUGGAGUUUGCCAUACCUUUGUGAUUUGGCUCUGUUGUUGUGUUCUUAAAUCAACUAAAGUGACUCAGGGGGUGAUCCACCACCUUAUUGCCAUGGCAAUAAAAUGAAAGAUGAUGUACAAUGUAGUUGUUUUAUUUUUUGAAAGAUAAACUAAUGAUUAAAUAAUUGAUGAAUAAUAUGCUCAUAUCCAAUAAAUGCAGGAUAUUAAUUGCAUAGGAAUAUCUGCAUCAGAUAUAAACUGAAUGUAAAAAUUAUUUAUCAUAUUUACGCCACAUUAUUUAUUAUAUAACACAAAAAAUGAUUCAUUUCCCAAAUCAAAGAUACAGAAUAAAUAGAUGCAUCAGAUUUCGAUAUUGAACAUGAAACGAUAUAGAAUAGGAGAACAAUUUUGUUAACUAUUUGAGUAUAAGAUUUACUAAACCAAUAGAUAUUCCUCAGUUGCAAGUGCCAUCAGUAUUUUAAGAGAACAAUGAAAAUGGUUUAUUUUGUUUCCACGUGGCCACGCUGUGUUUUCCUGGUCCAUAGCAUAAGGAUUAUUUUUUGUUGGAAAUAAUUGGGGUAAAUAUUAUUACCGUUUUUCUUAGAUCUAUUUUUCUAUCACAGGUAAGUAACAUUGGAAUUUAAGUUAUUUACUAGAUGAGUUUUCUGUGUAAUCCCGGUAAUCCAUUUAUGUUAAUUGUUGGGUGCUGCUUAAGGGAUUUCCAUUUACCCCGUUCAUUAGUUUAAUUGCAAAUAUGGUGCCUGAAUUUCCUUUUCAGGUGUGUUGUUGGAUGAUUUGCUCGUUGCUGAGGACCUGGCUGCUGCUGAGACUACAACUGCAGCUUCACAUGCUGCUGCAGUAGCUGCUUCGACAAAUGUGCAACAGGGAAAGUUAUCUGGGGGACAUGGUUUUGCUAAUGAGAGAACAAGGCAAGACACUUCUGAAGCACAUCCUGAUGGUGCUGUUGUACUGGGAAGUCCUGUUGCUCCCCCAAUAAAUGGGGAUAUGUACACAGACAUAAGCACUGAGAAUGCAAUGCUCCAGGGUCAAAGGUACUUGGAUGAUAUUGUUUGGAUAAAAAGUCCAGGAAUGUUGGAACUCAUUUAUGUACUCAAUGUAAAUUCCUUUGAUUGUUCACUGAGCGAGGUGCUUGCUGCAGGAGACUAAGCAAAGGAGUUGAAUACCUAGUUGAAGCCUCUGCGGCAGAGGCCGAGGCUAUUAGUGCAACUCUUGCUGCCGCUAAGGCCUGGCAGCUUAAUGGUGAAGUCACACCACUGCCUGAUCGGGACCGUGGUGCUGAUGCUACAUCAAGUGGCAAGCCAAUAUCUACUUUUACCAAGGUUCCAGAGUCUGCCCAACUAGAUAAUGCUCCUCCUGGGGUUCGACUACAUCACAGAGCAGUUAGUUCUGCACUUCAAGGCUUCACUUAUCAAUUAUUGUAUACUUAAUAAGAACUUGUUGUGUGGUGAUUCGAUUUUACAUCUGCUUUAUGCAUCAUUAACCAUCGGUUUCUUGGUAAGUGCAGGUAGUUGUAGCUGCAGAGACUGGGGGUGCCCUUGGAGGUUUGGUUCGUCAGCUUUCCAUCGAUCAAUUUGAGAAUGAAGGGAGAAGGGUAAGUUACGGUACACCAGAGAGUGCAACUGCGGCCAGAAAACUGCUAGAUCGGCAAAUGUCAAUCAAUAGUGUGCCGAAAAAGGUACGGAAAAUAAAAAAAUAAAUUGAUGAUGUUUUUGUCAUAUUAAUGAUGUUUCCUGAAACAGAUUCUGAUAAUAAACAGCUGACUGACAAUUAUAACUUAUGUUCAUAGAACAAUAUAUAUCGUCCAUUUGUCAUUUUUUUGGCACACCAUUUAUUGUCAUUUGGUAGAGACAUAUAGGACGGAUCUGGAUAGGCCCAUGAUUUUGAAACCUUAUAUUUUGAUUCUCUGAUUUUUCUUAGGUCCAUAUUUUAAGUUUUCCAGUGUGAAACGAGUGUGGCUCAUCUUUCUUAUGAUGUGCUUACUUUUGUUAUCUUGGACUUACCGAUAGUCAGCAACUAAUAAGGCAUCAACUUCCCGAAUAUUGUUGUGGCAUUCUCUCCAGGUAAUAGCACAUCUUCUGAAACCUCGUGGUUGGAAGCCCCCUGUCCGGAGGCAGUUUUUCCUUGACUGCAACGAAAUAGCUGAUCUUUGUGAUAGUGCUGAGCGAAUAUUUUCAAGUGAGCCAAGUGUCCUGCAAAUAAAAGCUCCUGUGAAGAUUUUUGGUGAUUUGCAUGGCCAGUUUGGGGAUCUCAUGCGCCUGUUUGAUGAAUAUGGUGCUCCUUCAACAGCAGGAGACAUAGCGUAAGCUUUCUUGUUUAAUGAACAUUGUGCUCUUCCCUGUUAUGUCAUUGUGGCUUUUUGCUUCAUUGUCUUAUGCUAUCUUCAGUUCUUUGCGUCUGCUGCUAAACUAUCUUACUUUGUUAUUGGUACUUGUAUUAGCUACUGUAAAAGAUAAAUUGUCACAUUUAUGUUUGUCUUCUUAAAUGCUUUCUAAAAUGAUAUUUUCUGUGCAUUGUUGUGGUUAGGGUUUCGUUUUGUUUGUGAGUUUCUCUUGCAUAGGGUGAUGACAGUUGUGUUUUGGAUAAAAGUUGGAAGCUUGUUUAUGCUAAUGUUUUAUAAAUGGUUAAAUUCUAGCAAGAAUUCUGGAUUUUGAAAUCUUCUCCCAAGGAAGUAAAUAUGAAUGAAAUGGGCUUGCGAUUUUUCUCUGAAUAUCUCGUAUGUAUUCUUGUUAAUAUAAGCUAUUUCAUGUAUCACAAAAAAUCACAAUGGCUAUUUUUUUCACGUCUUCCUUACGUGUUUAAAUGUAUAUUACUUAUGGGUAGCUAAUGGAUCUUCUUAAAGCAAAUAAAUUGAACUAUUUAUAUUUUUUGAAGUUUACUUAAUUUCGAGGUCAUUCGUCAAUAUUUACUAACUUUUUUGAAUUCGUGCAAAUGUAGAUGUGGAUGUUCUGAUGGAAAGAUAUUUUUGUGCUCGAUAAUUUGGUUUUAAUAAUGUUUUUCAUAUUUCAUUUGAUAAUCAAUUUUAUUUGUGCAAUUCUGCUUUUGGCCUAGUGUCAUUAGUGGUUACUAUUCGUUCAUAUUCUUUUCAGCUAUAUUGAUUAUCUUUUCUUGGGAGACUAUGUUGAUCGGGGUCAGCAUAGUUUAGAGACCAUUACUCUUCUCCUUGCACUAAAGGUAUCAGACGAUUUUAAUAUUUUUGUAAAAAGAUCCUUCCCUGCUCAACUGUCUGAGUCUCUUCUGCUGUUUCUUCUAUCCCAGGUCGAGUAUCCAAACAAUGUCCAUUUAAUUCGUGGGAACCAUGAAGCAGCAGACAUCAAUGCCCUAUUUGGCUUCAGAAUUGAGUGCAUUGAGCGCAUGGUAUUUGUGAUAUAACCUAUUAUUUUUUUCUAAAGAAGCUGAAGGAUUUAUCUAUUUUCUAAAUACUCACUCUGAAAAACAGGGGGAGCGGGAUGGAAUCUGGGCAUGGCAUCGGAUAAAUAGACUGUUUAACUGGCUCCCUCUUGCCGCUCUAAUUGAGAAGAAAAUCAUCUGUAUGCAUGGGGGCAUAGGUCGAUCAAUCAAUCAUGUAGAACAAAUAGAGAACCUACAACGCCCAAUAACAAUGGAAGCUGGUUCAGUUGUACUAAUGGACUUAUUAUGGUCAGUUUUUUUUUGUAACCUUCGUAACUUUCUGGUGCAUCUACCUCUUGGCUUUAUGAAAGAUUCGCCACUUUUCUUAUGGUGCUUUCAACAGGUCUGAUCCGACAGAGAAUGACAGUGUUGAAGGUUUGCGACCAAAUGCUAGAGGCCCGGGUCUGGUUACUUUUGGGGUCAGUAUUUUUAAAUUGAUUUAUAUUUUGGCGGGAGAGAGAUUUGCAGUUUUUUAAACAAAUUCGCCUGCUUCUUAUUUGACUUCCUCAGGCAAUUUAUAGGUAUAUUGAAACUGAGUGUAUGAAUUCUCUAACAUUGAACCAGACAUCUCGUAUAACCAGACGUGCUCUCAAACAUUGACCCAACAGCUCAUUUAAUGAUGUGUACUCUCCAACAUUGACCCGAGCACGUCAUAUAGCGACGUGCACUCUCCAGCAUUGACACAAACACCACAUAUAACAACGUGCUAUCUCUAAAAUUCUUUCAAACACCCCUUAUAGCCAUUCGCUCCCUCUAAACUUCACAAACACCUCUUGUCAAUAUGUGCACCAACGACAGCGCUGUUAGAGACUGCAUGCACUAAUGGGAGAGCAGGGAUAUCAUUAAAAUAAUCAAUACAGGAAAAUUUGGAAUAACUUAUUCAGUGUGAUAUUGUUUUUUGUCAUCUGGUAGAAGCAUAUUAAAAAAUACUUAAGCUGUUGUGUCGAGCAGAGGUGCAUGAGAUUUUCCAUGCUAUCAUGUAGCACCACAAGGUUAAUCUCUGUCGUGCCUUUGAUGAAGGGGUAUCCUUCUUCUAAAGACAUUCAGAUGUCUUAAUUGUUCUUUUCAAAGUAGCCAGUAAAGUGAACCACUUGCCAGUGUGUCAAGGCGUGUGUUGUUUGUGUGUGCUUGGGUGUUUACUUGUUGUCGUCUUGCAUAAUGUCUUGUUUUCUUUGUGGCGUUUGGAAAGUCAUAUUAUUUUGUGGUAUUGGAUAGCUUAGUUUCAUGAACAUAAUAUAGUUUUCUGUACAUUUAAUCGAUCGAUUUUAGUUUGUGAGAAGCUACUUAGAAUAGUUAGAGGGAAUAAUGCAUGGAGUAUGCAAUUGGAUUUCUGAAGAUUGUGAGAACUUUGUUAAUUUCUGAACAGAACGCCAGCAAGUGGAUGACUUAUUGGGUGGAUAGGCCAGUAAGAGAUGCUUAUCAUAUUUCUUCAUGUAAUAUGAGGGUUGGCUACUAUCCAUUGUACGCUCCAUAGAAAAACGGAAAUAUGGGGGUUGAUUGCCUGUGCUUUAAGGUGGCUCAGGAAUUGGAAUAUUUUCAUCUCCAGUACAGUUGAGGAUAUCUAUUUCUAAGAUUUCACUUGUAAAAGUUUAAAUUUCUUUUACUUUACAGUUUGCUUCUGUAAAACGAUUUGCAUAUGCAUUCCUUGUUUUUCAAAUCUGUUCAGAAAAACUGUUUUGGAGUCUGGGGGUAAUAAGUUGAGUAUGGGGGUUGGCUCCUAGGAAGUAUACCGGGAAAGUUUCCAAGAAGAGUUAUGUCCAGUCCAAAUUGAACAGGCUGUUGUUCUCCUAGGAAUGUCAUGGAGAGUCCCGAUAUAGAGACCUAUGAGAUUAAUUUCAGAUCAAGGCUCUAUAAUGCGUAGAACCAGAAGCUGAAAUAAACAAAAUGGAUUAUGAACUUAUUGAUAGAGACCAGGUUGAGAUGGCUUAAGUGAACUGGCAUAUAAAACGUGGACGAUAGUGUCUGCAGGCGCUAGUCCUGCCAGGUAUUUCUUAAAUAAUGUAAGAUGGCUGAGGAGCAAUAUGAUUUGGUGGAGCAGAGAUGCUAAAGAUUAAUUGAAAAAUUCUGAGCAAGGCACAGGAAAGAUACUUGACUCCCUGGAAGUUAAAAGGAGGCAAAUAUGCCAUCUACUCAUCAGAAAUUAACCAUCAGGAGCUAAGGAUCUCAGUGCUGUUUUGAAUCGAAAAAGCAGUUAAAAAUGGAAGAACAUAUGGUAAUGAAACUGCUGAAGGAAAGAAAUGGAAACGCGUCUUAGUCUCAUACAAUAUCUAUAUUAGAUGAAUUUUGGUUUUUGAAUAUAUUAAACUAGGAUACAAAUAGUUAGAGGAUAAAGCCUUUGUUCGAAGUUUGUUGUUGAAAAUUUUACUGUUUUAUUUGUAGAAGAACUACGCAAACCACAGUUGGACCGGCCAUCCAGUCAGUGGAUAAUUCAUGAUGUAAGAGCUAAUAAACUGUUUCAUAUAAGUAGAUUUGAAAAUGGCUGUAUUGCACAACGAUGUAGACAUUGUCGUUACCUGGUGAUUGUCCAUAGAAAUCUAUUGAGCAUUCUGGGAGACUAUCAAUGUUGUUCUCUAAGGAUAAAUAUUAGAGAAGUUGAGGAUGACCUUUUGGUGAACUUUUUGACUCUGUAUGCUGUUCAUGCCACUAAAACAGAAGGGGCAUUUCACUGUAUAGGUAGCAGAUUUUUAAAUCAUGGCAGAGAUAUUGAAGAAAGCGAUAGGUAAGUUUAUAAGAAAGUGGCUUAUCUUGAAGGAAGAUAUCUGCUUCAGUUGUCUGCACACAGUUCUGUCCAAAAGUUAUUUAGACUGUUAAAUUAAAAUGUUUGCUCAUAAACUUGAUUGCGAGCAGGUUUAUGAUUGAAUAAUUUUGGAUUGCACUGAUAGGACGUUGAUUGCAUUAUGAUUAUUCGUAUUGGAUUAAUUUGGUAAUGUGUUUUAUUUACGGAGAAAAGGCUCCAUACUAAAUUGGGUACAGUGUGCGCCAGUGGGGGCUAUUUUCUCAUUAAGUGUUCGUCGGCCAAAAUCCCACCUAUUAACAGUGUAGGAUUUGAUCAAGUGGUCUUAUGGAGGAAGUGCAAUCUGAGGGUUUAGGGCAGGUCACACCUUCUAUUUGCUGCUAACGCCGUUCUUUUUGAAAUGAUGAUGUGGAUUAGGUCGGUUGUCUUGAAAAUCACUUGAAAUGCCAUCUAAUAUUUAGCUUACCCCAAUCUAUGUUUCUUCGAUCGGCAUCCCACACAAGGUGUUGGGAGUGCUACCCGAAAAAGUUGCAAAAGAGUUUAUAUUCCUGUCAGAAAUUUGUGGUUACAUUUAAAAAUGGAUCUAUAUCGGUUGGUGAGCCUUGAGGAAUUAAGCAAAGUUUUGAGAGAAUAUUUAAACAACGGAAAGAGUGAUCCUAUUUUCCCGUGGAAAUUUGUGAAGCACAGAAUGAAUUAAAAUUCACUUUCAAAAAGUAUACUCCAGUUGAAAUACAAUGAAGGUCAGAUUUGUGAAAUGCGGUCAAAAUAUCUUAGCACUACCUCUGAUAUCAUGAUUUUUAGAUGUGUACUUUGGAGAGCCAACUUUCGAGUCUUGAUAUUAAAUGAAAGCUUCUGGGCCAGGGGUUGUGUUCCAUAUGGUCAGAGUUGUGGGUUUCAAGACGUCCUAGUGAUUGCAAUAAAGAACGGUAGUUUGCUGCUAGUACAAGAUGUUCUUUGGAAAUUUAAUGGGAAAGCAAUAAUGGUAGACUUAAAGCAUCAGUCUGUGGUUUUGAAAAAACAAGACGGUUGGCAAGAGUCUGAUUUCUGCUGCUUGCUUCCCCCAUUGUCUGCAUUGAACAUUGAGAUUAUCUUUGGAGCUUGUGUUUUUUCUUACGAGUGUAAAAACUGUCUGCUCUGCUUGAUUGGUGGAGGAAAUCCCGGCCUAACAACUGAUCGGUGCUGGCAGCCUGACCGUGUAAUGGAGUUCUGCAGUAAUAACGACCUGCAGCUGAUUGUUCGCGCCCAUGAAUGUGUGAUGGACGGGUUUGAGCGUUUCGCUCAGGGGCAUUUGAUCACUCUUUUCUCUGCAACUAACUAUUGUGGUAACUAUCUUACCCCCUUGUGCCUAUCAGUGAUCAUUUUGGCUCGUUCCCUCUUGAGGAUUGGCUACUUUCAUAUGCAGGGACGGCAAAUAAUGCUGGAGCAAUACUAGUUUUGGGAAGAGAUUUGGUGGUCGUCCCGAAACUUAUUCAUCCCUUGCCGCCUGCAAUCAAUUCGCCCGAAAAUUCCCCUGAACGUCACGGUGAAGAUACAUGGAUGCAGGUUCUGUCAUGCCCCAAUUUUCUUUCCAUGCUUUCUCUCUGAAUAUAUUUUGUUCACUGGACAAGUUUUGCUUGAAACCAGGAACUUAAUGCAAACAGGCCUCCAACGCCUACUAGGGGUCGUCCUCAGCUUGCGAAUGAUCGCGGCUCCCUUGCCUGGAUAUGA